AUGCAAGAUAUUCUCGUCCCCAGUGGCCAAGACGAAUGCGUGAGACUCACGCUUGUUAGCACGUUUCAAGAUAUUCAAAAAGUUUGCAAGUAUCUCGGCUAUAUUCAGGAUACGUUUUCCGUGGAGCUGGAAAGUUGUGAGACUAUCACUCAGAAUCUCAAGGUGAGCUGUCUGUCACAUGGAACAUGUACCAACUGUCCACUAUAUAUCCUGGAAUAUGACUUGAACUCGCAUAAUUAUGCGCUGUGGAAAUCAUCUUCUGGAGAAUGGGCUUUGGGUACCACCCUAGCGCGCUUUUUCGCCCCGCAUCCGACUUCUAAGGCUAGGGCAAAACUCGGAAUCGCAAAAUUGCAAUCGUAUCUGGACACGUCUCAAUUGUCCACCAAACACGAUCGGCAGUUUCUCGUGCAGACGCUGCAGAAAUUGAACGUCGAUUGGCACAGCAUGCCAUUUGAUUUCAAUUUUUUCCAAGACGCCCUUGACCGAUCCGUCCAGUCAGAAACUCAUGACAACCAACAAACCCCGAACAACUACCCUGAGCUGGUCUCGCCUCUACAAUACAAAAGUCUCAUUAGCAUGGCUGUGCUGAAAACCAAGGUCCACGUUAACAAAAAAAGGCUCGAAGCAGACCUGCACGCGUACGACUCCCGCAUACGGGUGUCUCGAGACCACAUGGAACCUGGUGCUGACACUGAAGUUGGCGCAGAACAACAAGAUGUUAGCCGGGAAAAUUCUGUUUUUUCCAAUACUCCGGAAGACUCUACCUCACCUAUUGACGAUGAGUACGCUCUAUCGUCUAGACAGCUCAAGACCAAUUUUAAAAAACACUUCAAAGGUAUGGCGGAAAGCUUCGAGACAUUUGAUGUCCAGCAAAGUGCUCCGCGAGCAAUUCGUAACUGGAAAGUGGGGAAGCCUGUGAAGAAUGGCAAGACCCGUUCUAAGAGGUUGAAAGCGUGA